UAUUUUAUUUUUUUUUUUGCAGUCCAGCUGCGAACGUGUUGUGAUGGUAUGUCUGUGUGUUUAUGUGUGUAAAUAGGGAAUUGAAGUGUGGAAGAUAUGGAGUCAGAUAUAUUUAGGAGUGCUGUGACAAGCGUGUUAAAUAACUGGACUGCAUUGCAGCUUGCCGUCGAGCAUGGAAUGGGGACACGUGAAAACGCACAAAGUUUGGUGGACUAUGUAAUAGAAACCUUUGUUGCCAACGAUGAUAUCAGUUGUGAAGAAAUGGCUGAUGUGCUAUCAGAAGUCAUGGAUUCAUUAUUUCAAACAGUGUGUGAGGAUAACUCACCUGAUGAGGUUGGUGCUCUACUCUGGAGGUUCUAUCAACAUCACAGAGUAGGAGAGACUGACAAGAUAAAGGAAUUGCUGAGUAAAUUACCACCUUGUCAACUUUGGCUGUGUAAACAAUUAGACACUUCUGCUCCUGUUAAGAUGCGAAACCUGCAACCUCUACCAGAAACUAUGGAUGCUGAGGAAAGUGAGUGGACAGAAGUGAAAUCAAGAAGAUCUAAGAGAACAUUGAACAGUGCUGCAGAUGAAAUUGAUCACAGUGCUUCACAUAUGGGGGAUGUGAUUGGUGUUUCGGGAGAUCAGGAAGAGAUGUGUACAUAAAAAUAAAUUGAAACAAAACAAAAAACA